AUGGCGGCAGAGUCCGGGCGCUCGUGGACUCAGGCGCGCAAUGCCUAUGGCGCUAGAGAGGCGCUAAGGCGAGGCGUGGGCCGCCGGCUGGACCCGGGUUUGCAGCCCAACGGGCCGGUCCCCGAAGAUGUUCGCGCCCCGGGCCGCCUGGCUCGCCUGCGUGGCCAAUUGCGGGCCGACGCGGCAGCGCGAGCCGAGGCUCCGCGACUGGUGCGGCUGGUGGAACGCGCGGGCGCGCGAGCCGGGGCGGCCGGGACCGGCGAAAGGAGCGAGGCGCGCAGUGGCGGCUCGGUGUGCUCGGUGUGCGGGGAGCCGCGCGGCGGCGCCACCUACCCCGCGGGCGUCCUGGAGGUGAGCGAGCGACGGCUGCAGGAGGGGCUGGCGGCCGUGCGCGCAGAGCUGGGCGCGGGGCUCGAGGCGCUGCGCGCGGAGCUGCGGGCGGAGCUGGAAGCCCUGCGCGCUCUGCUGCCACCGCCGCCGCCGCCACCACCGCCGCCCGCCCGCCGCGAGCCCCGAGGUCCCGCCCUGCUGCGGGCGCUCGGCACUGUGAACGCGUUGGUUUCGUCCUCGAGGACCGCGGAGAACGGUCCAGACGCCCUAGCGGAAGGCCUGACGAACCGAGCGGCGGCACGCAAGAACCACAAGAAAACUCCAGUUCCUUCAGCGGCUGCGCAAGGUGGCGGAGAUUGA